AAAUGGCAAGGGAAUUCCCUACUGAAUUAACAAAGAAGGAAGAGAAGGUGGACAAAGAGCUAUGCUAGAUGAGCAAGCACCAGAGAAGAAGAACACGAGGAAUGGUUCUACAUGUUCAAUUUUUUGAGCUUGUGGGUUAAACAGGAGGAAGGAGAAGAUGACAGAGAAGCUGCUACUGUAUAAGAGUGGGAGAACUCGAAGAGAUCCAAGGGAUCCUACCAAGAAUGGUGUUGGGCUUUGUGAGGUAACUACAAGUUAUGACUUAUCCAUUUCGCGUUUCUGCUCUUCUUUUCUUCCCCCUGCAUCGAGCAAGGAAGCCCAGCCACCGACGCACCUCCCUUUGAGAAACCGAAAUUCGGAUCUGCUCUGCCCUGUUCUUUUCCGUCGGCUGCUCUUCAUUGUUUUGGUGUGAGUUCUUCAAAAUUCUGAAUUGCCGCCGGCUUCCCUUAGCUUGCAGCUUCGGUUUGCUUGCUGGAAAUUCUGGUGCUGUUAUGGCUUAGAGCACUUGGAUUGAGUCCUUGGUUUAUGCGAAUGAGGACCAAAGUGCACGGCAUCUACCAUGUCCUCGGACUUGGGUUCUGGGGCGUGACAAUUAGAAUAUGUUAUGUUUACAAAUGGGGCAUCAAGUAAGCUUAAGAGCUAAUUCUUAAUCUAGUUUAUGACAGUUUGCUAUAUAAAUAAGUGUAUACAUGGAUUGCCCAAGGACUUGUGUAAAUAUUCAAAGUAUGUGUUUUUAAUUGGAACCUAAGCUCCUUAGUUUGCUACAGAGAUGAUUAUCUGUUC